CCAUGAAGCGGCUGUCAUGCGCAUAGCGACACUGAUUGCACUCGUGCAGCUGUCGCUCGCUACAGCUGUUUCAGAUGACAGCCAAACGUUAACCGCGGUUGAACUGAACCGCGCUCUGUCCGGCGACAAUGCGCUCUCCCCGUUCUAUGAGAGCGGUGAAGAGUCGGGGGUCAACUUCAUAAGGGGGUCAAGAGCUGCUGACUCGCAGCUGUCUCCCGAUAUCGACGUGCAAUGCGCUGGUGACUUCAUCGAUGUCACUGUUGAAUUCGCCGACAUUUUUGAUGGUAUCAUAUACAGUAAAGGAUUUUUGAAUGAUCCGAAAUGCAAAUAUGUAUCAUUGGGAGGAAGUCAAUCGCGCUACUCAUUCCGAGUGCCGCUGAAUGGCUGCGGUUCCCGACCCCUCUGCAAUGCUUGCGGUACCAUCGACAACGUCCUGGUCUUUCAGGCCGAUGACCUGCUGCAAGGAACCCAGGACUUCGCUCGUAAGGUGUCAUGUGCACGCACUUCGUAUGAAUUGUCGACUGGCGUCGUGUCUGAGAGGGAAGAGCACACACUGAAGCUGAAGCCGUUCAUGGUUGAUAUGUUAGACGUUGUAGCUGUCGAGGGACCCGCUGGCGGUGUGGAAUGUUGGAUGGACAUCCAGAAGGGAGUUUUUCCUAACACUACCCCACUGAAGGACUCGAUCAAAAUCGGAGAAUAUUUGACCAUCCUGGUAUACCUUAAGGACUACAAGAACCAGUUUAACCUCAAGAUCCACGACUGCUGGGCUUACGACAGUGACAGCUACGAUAGUCCGAAAACCAAUAAGAUUCAGCUCACCGACAAAGAAGGCUGCCCUAAGAAGAAGAAACUAAUUGAAUAUUGGCAAAAAACCACUAACACGGGUAAAAGCGGAGCGACUUUGAUAGCUCACAGCAAAGUAAGCGCCUUCAGAUUCCCUGAAACGGAUCAAGUCUAUCUCACGUGCAAUGUUGAGCUUUGCAUAAACAAUUGUGAUUCAAACUGUGACGGAAUUACCAAAGAAAUCACCUCAACGAUAAGACCUGUGCAAUGUUACCCGGGAUCCAGGGAUCCAGGAUGUCAAACAAUCACGGCACCACCACAAAUCAAAUGUUAUCCAGGUUCACCGGACCCAAGAUGCCCACAACUAACCACUUUGAAUCCGCCUACGUAUUUACCACCUUCAACUGAAACCCCACGAUGCUUCCCAGGCAGCACUGACCCUCGUUGCCCCCAGCCAACCACACCGUCUCCUCCCAACUGCUACCCUGGCAACGCUGAUCCUCGUUGCCCCAGACCUACAUCAUCUGAGCCACCUCGAUGCUUCCCAGGCAGUGCAGACCCCAGGUGCCCCCAGCCAACCACACCGUCUGCUCCAAACUGUUACCCUGGUAGCACUGAUCCUCGUUGCCCCAGGCCUACAACACCUGAGCCACCACGAUGCUUCCCAGGAAGUACAGACCCCAGGUGCCCCAAGCCAACCACACCGUCUGCUCCAAACUGUUACCCUGGUAGCACUGAUCCUCGUUGCCCCAAGCCUACAACACCUGAGCCGCCACGAUGCUUCCCAGGCAGUGCAGACCCCAGGUGCCCCCAGCCAACCACACCGUCUCCUCCCAACUGUUACCCUGGUAACACUGAUCCUCGUUGCCCCAAGCCUACAACACCUGAGCCACCACGAUGCUUCCCAGGAAGUACAGACCCCAGGUGCCCCAAGCCAACCACACCGUCUGCUCCAAACUGUUACCCUGGUAGCACUGAUCCUCGUUGCCCCAAGCCUACAACACCUGAGCCGCCACGAUGCUUCCCGGGUAGUACAGACCCGCGUUGCCCUAAGCCAACUUCACCAGCUCCUCCAAACUGUUACCCUGGUAGCACUGAUCCUCGUUGUCCUAAACCCACAACACCCGAGCCACCGCGAUGCUUCCCAGGAAGUACAGAUACUCGCUGCCCUAAACCCACCACUCCCGUGUGUUACCCAGGUUCGCCUGAUCCUAAAUGUCCCCAACCAACUAGACCUACUACUUUAAAUCCACCUACAUAUUUACCACCCGUUACACCAGCGCCUAAGUGUUACCCUGGAUCAACAGAUACCAGGUGCCCACAGCCAACCACACCGGCACCUCCUAAAUGCUUCCCAGGAAGUCAAGAUCCCAGAUGUCCAAAACCAACAACACCCGCUCCUCCUAAUUGCUAUCCUGGCAACACAGAUCCUCGUUGCCCCAAGCCCACUACACCGGAGCCACCACGUUGCUUCCCUGGCAGCACUGACCCUCGUUGCCCUAAGCCUACCACACCCGCUCCUCCUAAUUGCUACCCUGGCAACACAGAUCCCCGUUGCCCUAAGCCUACGACACCUGAGCCACCACGUUGCUUCCCUGGCAGCUCUGACCCACGUUGCCCUAAGCCUACCACACCCGCUCCUCCUAAUUGCUAUCCUGGCAACACAGAUCCCCGUUGCCCUAAGCCUACGACACCUGAGCCACCACGUUGCUUCCCUGGCAGCAAUGACCCACGUUGCCCUAAGCCUACCACACCCGCUCCUCCUAAUUGCUAUCCUGGCAACACAGAUCCCCGUUGCCCUAAGCCUACGACACCUGAGCCACCACGUUGCUUCCCUGGCAGCUCUGACCCACGUUGCCCCAAGCCUACCACACCCGCUCCUCCUAAUUGCUAUCCUGGCAACACAGAUCCUCGUUGCCCCAAGCCUACAACACCUGAACCUCCUCGAUGCUUCCCAGGCAGCACAGAUCCCAGGUGCCCCAAGCCUACGACACCGGUUUGCUACCCUGGAUCCCCUGAUCCUAAAUGCCCGCAGCCAACACGUCCAACCACAUUAACACCACCUACGUAUUUGCCGCCAGUAACUCCAGCGCCUAAAUGUUUCCCUGGUUCUACAGACUCCAGGUGCCCAAAACCCACUACGCCUGAACCUCCACGUUGUUUCCCUGGUAGCACAGACCCACGAUGCCCCAAGCCUACGACGCCAGCACCUCCAAACUGUUAUCCUGGAAACACAGACCCUCGUUGCCCAAAGCCAACCACACCAGCACCGCCUAAAUGCUUCCCAGGAAGUCAAGAUCCCAGAUGUCCCAAACCAACUACACCCGCUCCACCAAGAUGUUUCCCUGGUAGCACGGACCCACGUUGCCCUCAACCCACAACACCGGAGCCACCGCGAUGCUUCCCAGGCAGCACAGACCCUCGCUGUCCCAAGCCCACAACACCUGCUCCUCCCAACUGCUACCCUGGCAGCACUGACCCACGUUGCCCUAAGCCUACCACACCCGCUCCUCCUAAGUGCUUCCCCGGGAGCACUGAUUCUCGUUGCCCCAAGCCAACGUCGCCCGUGUGUUAUCCUGGAUCACCUGACCCUAAAUGCCCACAACCAACACGACCAACAACUUUAACUCCGCCUACAUAUUUGCCGCCAGUUACUCCAGCGCCUAAAUGUUUCCCAGGUAGCACUGAUCCUAGAUGCCCUAAGCCAACAACACCUGCACCUCCAAGGUGUUUCCCAGGUAGCACAGAUCCAAGGUGCCCUAAACCAACCACCCCCGCACCUCCAAAUUGCUACCCCGGAAACUCGGAUCCUAGGUGCCCAAGACCAACAACACCAGAACAACCGAAAUGCUUCCCAGGCAGUCAGGAUUCUAGAUGUCCUAAACCAACAACGCCAACUCCACCAAGGUGUUACCCAGGUAGCACAGACCCGCGUUGUCCCAAACCAACAACACCAGCACCUCCAAAAUGUUUCCCAGGCAGCACAGACCCCAGAUGCCCUAAACCAACCACUCCUGCUCCUCCCAAUUGUUAUCCCGGAAACUCCGAUCCCAGGUGCCCAAGACCUACAACGCCAGAGCCUCCUCGUUGCUUCCCAGGUAGCACAGACCCGCGUUGUCCUAAACCAACAACGCCUGCUCCACCUAAAUGCUUCCCAGGAAGCCAAGAUCCCAGGUGUCCAAAGCCGACCACUCCGGCACCACCUCGAUGCUUCCCAGGCAGUACAGAUCCCAGGUGCCCCAAGCCAACGACGCCUGUAUGCUAUCCUGGCUCACCAGACCCUAAAUGCCCACAACCAACACGGCCAACGACACUUACCCCACCGACAUAUUUACCACCUGUAACUUCAGCACCUAAAUGUUUCCCAGGUUCAACAGACUCUAGGUGUCCGAAACCAACUACGCCUGCACCUCCAAGGUGUUUCCCAGGUAGCACAGACCCGCGUUGUCCCAAACCAACAACACCAGCACCUCCAAAAUGUUUCCCAGGCAGCACAGACCCCAGAUGCCCUAAACCAACCACUCCUGCUCCUCCCAAUUGUUAUCCCGGAAACUCCGAUCCCAGGUGCCCAAGACCUACAACGCCAGAGCCUCCUCGUUGCUUCCCAGGUAGCACAGACCCGCGUUGUCCUAAACCAACAACGUCUGCUCCACCUAAAUGCUUCCCAGGCAGCACAGACCCCAGAUGCCCUAAACCGACCACUCCUGCUCCUCCCAAUUGUUAUCCCGGGAACUCCGAUCCCAGGUGCCCAAGACCUACAACGCCAGAGCCUCCUCGUUGCUUCCCAGGUAGCACAGACCCGCGUUGUCCUAAGCCAACAACGCCUGCUCCACCUAAAUGCUUCCCAGGCAGCACAGACCCCAGAUGCCCUAAACCAACCACUCCUGCUCCUCCCAAUUGUUAUCCCGGAAACUCCGAUCCCAGGUGCCCAAGACCCACAACGCCAGAGCCUCCCCGAUGCUUCCCAGGUAGCACCGACCCGCGUUGUCCCAAACCAACAACACCAGCACCUCCAAAAUGCUUCCCAGGCAGUCAGGAUCCUAGGUGCCCCAAGCCUACCACACCAGUGUGCUAUCCUGGAUCGCCUGAUCCCAAAUGCCCUCAACCAACGCGGCCAACCACAUUAACACCACCUACAUAUUUGCCACCAGUAACUCCAGCAGCUAAAUGCUUCCCAGGAUCUACAGACCCUCGAUGCCCACAACCUACAACGCCUGCUCCCCCUAAAUGCUACCCGGGUAGCCAAGACCCUAGGUGCCCACGACCCACAACUCCAGAGCCACCUCGUUGCUUCCCAGGUAGCACAGACCCUAGGUGCCCAAAACCAACUACGCCUGCACCUCCCAAUUGUUAUCCCGGAAACUCCGAUCCUAGGUGCCCACGACCCACAACUCCAGAGCCUCCCCGAUGCUUCCCAGGUAGCACCGACCCGCGUUGUCCCAAACCAACAACACCAGCACCUCCAAAAUGUUUCCCAGGCAGCACAGACCCCAGAUGCCCUAAACCAACCACUCCUGCUCCUCCCAAUUGUUAUCCCGGAAAUUCCGAUCCCAGGUGCCCAAGACCCACAACGCCAGAGCCUCCCCGAUGCUUCCCAGGUAGCACCGACCCGCGUUGUCCCAAACCAACAACGCCAGCACCUCCAAAAUGCUUCCCAGGCAGCACAGACCCCAGAUGCCCUAAACCAACCACUCCUGCUCCUCCCAAUUGUUAUCCCGGAAACUCCGAUCCCAGGUGCCCAAGACCCACAACGCCAGAGCCUCCCCGAUGCUUCCCAGGUAGCACCGACCCGCGUUGUCCCAAACCAACAACACCAGCACCUCCAAAUUGCUUCCCAGGCAGUCAGGAUCCUAGGUGCCCCAAGCCUACCACACCAGUGUGCUAUCCUGGAUCGCCUGAUCCCAAAUGCCCUCAACCAACGCGGCCAACCACAUUAACACCACCUACAUAUUUGCCACCAGUAACUCCAGCAGCUAAAUGCUUCCCAGGAUCUACAGACCCUCGAUGCCCACAACCUACAACGCCUGCUCCCCCUAAAUGCUACCCGGGUAGCCAAGAUCCUAGAUGCCCACGACCAACAACACCAGAGCCACCACGGUGCUUCCCUGGCAGCACAGACCCUAGGUGCCCCAAACCCACAACACCUGCGCCCCCCAAUUGUUAUCCCGGAAACUCCGAUCCCAGGUGCCCAAGACCAACAACGCCAGAGCCACCUCGUUGCUUCCCAGGAAGCACAGACCCGCGUUGUCCUAAACCAACAACACCAGCACCUCCAAAAUGCUUCCCAGGCAGUCAGGAUCCUAGAUGCCCCAAGCCUACCACACCAGUGUGCUAUCCUGGAUCGCCUGAUCCCAAAUGCCCUCAACCAACGCGGCCUACCACAUUAACACCACCUACAUAUUUGCCACCAGUAACUCCAGCAGCUAAAUGCUUCCCGGGAUCUACAGACCCUCGAUGCCCACAACCUACAACGCCUGCUCCCCCUAAAUGCUACCCCGGUAGCCAAGAUCCUAGAUGCCCACGACCAACAACACCAGAGCCACCACGGUGCUUCCCUGGCAGCACAGACCCUAGGUGUCCCAAACCCACAACACCUGCACCCCCCAAUUGUUAUCCCGGAAACUCCGAUCCCAGGUGCCCAAGACCAACAACGCCAGAACCACCUCGUUGCUUCCCAGGUAGCACCGACCCGCGUUGUCCCAAACCAACAACACCAGCACCUCCAAAAUGCUUCCCAGGCAGUCAGGAUCCUAGGUGCCCCAAGCCUACCACACCAGUGUGCUAUCCUGGAUCGCCUGAUCCCAAAUGCCCUCAACCAACGCGGCCAACCACAUUAACACCACCUACAUAUUUGCCACCAGUAACUCCAGCAGCUAAAUGCUUCCCGGGAUCUACAGACCCUCGAUGCCCACAACCUACAACGCCUGCUCCCCCUAAAUGCUACCCGGGUAGCCAAGAUCCUAGAUGCCCACGACCCACAACUCCAGAGCCACCGCGGUGUUUCCCUGGCAGCACAGACCCUAGGUGCCCCAAACCCACAACACCUGAGCCUCCAAAAUGUUUCCCAGGCAGCACUGAUCCUAGAUGCCCUAAACCAACUACCCCUGCGCCUCCUAAUUGUUAUCCUGGAAACACCGAUCCAAGGUGCCCAAGACCUACAACUCCAGAGCCACCUCGGUGCUUCCCAGGUAGCACAGACCCGCGUUGUCCCAAACCUACAAAACCUGCACCUCCAAGAUGUUUCCCAGGAAGCACUGAUCCUAGAUGCCCCAAACCGACAACUCCGGUGUGCUAUCCGGGGUCAUCUGACCCUAAGUGCCCGCAGCCACCAAGGCCAACGACACUUACUCCACCGACAUAUCUACCCCCAGUGACUUCAGGACCUAAAUGCUUCCCAGGUUCAACCGAUUCUAGAUGUCCCAAACCAACAACUCCUGCACCACCAAAAUGCUUCCCUGGCAGCACUGACCCUAGAUGCCCAAGGCCCACAUCUCCAGAACCGCCACGGUGCUUCCCUGGCAGCACAGACCCUAGGUGCCCAAGGCCCACAACUCCAGAACCGCCACGGUGCUUCCCUGGCAGCACAGACCCUAGGUGCCCAAGGCCCACAACUCCAGAACCGCCACGGUGCUUCCCUGGCAGCACAGACCCUAGGUGCCCAAGGCCCACAACUCCAGAACCGCCACGGUGCUUCCCUGGCAGCACAGACCCUAGGUGCCCAAGGCCCACAACUCCAGAACCGCCACGGUGCUUCCCUGGCAGCACAGACCCUAGGUGCCCAAGGCCCACAACUCCAGAACCGCCACGGUGCUUCCCCGGCAGCACAGACUCUAGGUGUCCAAGACCAACGACUCCCCAAUGUUAUCCGGGUUCUCCCGACCCUAAGUGCCCUCAGCCACCAAGACCUACUACAUUAAACCCACCUACAUACUUGCCACCUGUGACAUCAACCACUCUUAAUUGUUUCCCUGGUAGCACAGACCCUAGAUGCCCUAGGCCUACCACUCCAGAACCUCCUAAAUGCUUCCCUGGCAACAACGACCCUAGAUGCCCAAGACCAACCACCCCAGAGCCUCCUAAUUGCUUCCCUGGCAACAACGACCCUAGAUGCCCAAGACCGACCACCCCAGAGCCUCCUAAAUGUUUCCCUGGCAACAAUGACCCUAGAUGCCCUAGGCCUUCCACUCCAGAACCUCCUAAAUGCUUCCCUGGCAACAACGACCCUAGAUGCCCAAGACCAACCACCCCAGAGCCUCCUAAAUGCUUCCCUGGCAACAACGACCCUAGAUGCCCAAGGCCAACCACACCCCAAUGUUAUCCGGGAUCUCCUGACCCCAGAUGCCCCCAACCAACUAGACCUACCACAUUAAAUCCGCCUACAUAUUUGCCGCCCAGCUCACCAGAACCUAAAUGCUACCCGGGCUCCAAGGACCCUAGGUGCCCUAAGACUACACCUGAACCACUGCGUUGCUAUCCAGGCAGUACUGACCCACGUUGUCCUAAACCCACGACAUUUAAACCCUCUACGCCAAGCUCCUGUUAUCCAGGAUCUAGGGAUCCUAAAUGUCCACAACCAUUUGCCCCUAGCAGUACUAAUCCACCGUCCACAUAUCUACCACCAUUCCCCGAAGAAAACGAGAUUAAAUCAGCGAGGGUUAGCAGAUUAGUGAAAGACGUUGAUACUGAAAAAUCUGAUGAUGAUACGCAAUUGGACAUAGAUUCAUUUGAGUCUACCAGAACCCAACCGAGAUCAAGAAAGGUUCGUGAUGUGACCGGUAUCAACUCGGCUGCCGCGUUGGUGAGCAAUGGAGCAGCCACGAUAUACGUGUCCGUGGGUUCGGCUCUAUUAAUGCUUCUGUCAGUCACACUUGCCAUUUACUUGUACAAAAAUAAGAGGACAAUUAAAAACGAAAAUGUUGAACAAGCAAACAUUUAAACGCAGAAGCCCAAUUGUUACCUAAGAUAGGAAUGAAACGUUGUGAUAUUGUAUUUCUUUAAUACUUGAUACAUUCAUCAUUCAUAAAAAUCUUAAUGGCUGCGUUUCGUGGAUUGAUUAUUAUUUUAAGUAUUUUCACUGCCUUUUAGCUUUACUAUUUCGGGCGCUUAAGCUUGCCUAUUUUAUCACUAUAUAAUAUAGUGCCAUAAUAUAGCAAUACUGUGUCUCCUUCGAUGCAUCCUCAGAAUUUAUAAUGUAUAUUUUAUCCCUAGUCAAUAUGCUUAUGUAUAUAAUUAUAUUCUGAAUUCAUAUUGUAUAGAAGCAAAUAUUACUUACCCAUUGUUUGAAUAUACUCAUUUGUGAUAUUUUUGUGUAAAUAUAUUUACCAGCUGAUGUGGCCAUUGAAUGUAUAGUGAACGUACGAAUUAAUUAUGUAAAAUUUGAUGAUCAGUUUGGGUACACUCUGGUUCACAUGAACCCGAUAGAUAUUUUAUUAAGUACUAGCCUGUAAGUCCCAAUGCUGGGCAAAGGUGUCUUCUUGAGUCGAGAGGAAAUAUUAUUUUAUUUGCAUAUUAUUUUUACUUAUGUUGUGCAGAUUGUACCUCAGGUCAUCAAAUUCUUUUUCAAUGAUUUUAUAAUGUUAGUAAGAUUGCUUUUCGAGUCAAUCGAAGUAAAACAUUCUAUGAAUGUCGAAA